AUGUCUUCGCCCUCCCCCGAGACACCGUACACCAAAGACGACCCCGAACUGUCCCGCGCCGCCAGCUAUACCGAUCUCCCCAGCCAACCCUCAGAACCCACCCUCCGCCGCACCUUCUCCGACUAUGCGGUUCCAGCCCAGACAAAGUCUCCAACCAAGGAGAGCGUCGCUGCGGGGAAAGACAUCCUCCGUCGGACCUCUCUGCGCUCCAAGGACAAGGAUAAAGUCUCUGUCUCACGUUUCACGUUGUCGUCAUCGGAGGACUUGAAGGACACGGAGCCCAAUGUCCCGGAAACCAAGGCCCCGGAGCCUGCGGCGCGGCCAUCCAAGACUCGUUCAAUGUCCGGACGGAUCGUGAGCCUCGCCAGGAAGCCGUGGAGCUCAUCCUCUCGCUCCCCCUCCCCUUCCGCCAAAAGGUCCAAACAGCAAGAAUCACAAUCUCCAACGCGCUUCGGUCGAAAAUCGGACGACGAGCAGCCCCCCGCCCGCAGGCGAACGAUUCUCUACAAGCGCCCGCGCCGACCAAUGCUAGCUGUGGUCGCAAAGGGCCCCGAAGAGAACUCGGAUAAUCCGAACAGUCCCUCAGGCCAUUCGCUGAGACCCCGGUCCUCAUUCGAGAAGUUCACCGCUUCGUUGUCGGUUUCCACCCCAGUGCUACCGCCGAUGCCUAAGGGUGCCGCGGAAACAGCAGCGGCGUAUGCGAACGGCAGCCCCGAGAUACCGCGGAAGAAAGAUGAGCUGUGGGGAAUCUUCCGAGGCCUGGAGGCGGAUUUUCAAAAGUUCCAGUCCAAGUCCAUAUCCCUCAAGGCCAACGUGAUCCGAUCGUCUCUCCUUCCUUUCCUCAGUCGCCAUCACCUCCACACAUCAUGCAAGAACCUCAGACCGGAAGACUUGGACCGCCGCGUCAAUAUCCUUAAUAAAUGGUGGGUCGGGAUGCUGGAGAUGCUCAAUGGCAAGAACAACCAGUCAAUAUCUGGGACCGACAGGCCGGUCUUCCUGGAAGCCAUUGUGGGUAUCAUGGCACGGCCGGAAUGGCGCAUUUCAUUCCCCAUGGCUCAACACGGCAGUGGGCCAACAGAGUCGUUGAAGUAUGCCUCCACUUCGGUAUCUGAAUCAUCGGAUGGCUCAGCAUCCUCUGGCUCGGAUUUUCUGGUGGAAUCCAUUCAUCAUAACAUCCGGAACAUCUUCUCCCAGAACCUCAUCUCUCAGAUGUCUUUCGUGGUCGAGCGCAUGUCCAUGAGACACGCGCCGGCAAGUUUAGUCGCGUUCUGCGGAAAGGCUUGCGCCUACGCCUUCUUCUUCUGUCCCGGGAUUUCUGACAUCCUGGUUCGCCUGUGGUGUACACCUCCCACCACGUUCCGACGCAUUUUAUCAGACUCCGCAGACCAAAGAACUGGCAAUCUGCGCGCAGAAACCCAGGACCUUGCUUCUUGCUUCCCACCGGCUCUUCGUCCUCUUGCGUUCCACUCACAAGCACCCCUGCUGCGAUAUUUGCGCCAGAAACCCGACACUCCGUUAAACAUCUCUCACAUCAAUUGGAACCGUCCGUGGAUCACACGCUGGGCGGGCCGUGACACGGACCUGUUUUUCGUCUUUGUGAAAUAUGUCCAUAUUCUGUAUUCUGAGUAUAUCCCAUCGGAGACCGAGAAAGCGAAGCGGAUACUGGCCCCAGGCCUGUUGCUCGUUCAUGCGCAGCUAUUGCUUGUGUUGGAGGACACUCUUUACAAGCAAUCGACACCACAAGCGACCGAAAACCCUCACUCCACUGCAGCUAUCACUUUUGAUGAUUUCAUCGAGUCGCCGGAUGCCUCUGCUUCUUCUCAGCACCUUCGCAGCGGAAGCAACAGUCACCGGUCGAUGGCUGAGAAUCGUUUGAUUAUACUUCUUCGCGAUCUACUAUCGGAAUCAUCUGUCGAACCAAAUCGCGCUCGACUUUUGUUCGCUGAAUCGUUCUGUGCUAUUAUCAAAGCUGCUGCUCAGAAGACGUCGCUAUUCGAUCACAAUGCAUGCUUUUUGCUAUGCGAUUUCCUCGAGGAAGUCAUUCCGAUCAUCACUCGCUAUGGCCAAUCAAUCGAAACUGAACUGUUCGACUGGAACUUCUGGUUAGUAGUCUGUCGACAAAUGAUGCAAAGUCACAACUCGCUCACUGAGGUUCGAGUGUUCUCGUUCCUCUUCUGCAUUUGGGGUACCUGGGUCGCGACAGAAGAAAGAAAAGCUUCUCUCUGUCUAGAUUUCUUGCUGCACGAACCGACAUUCUAUCACUACUUCAAUCACUGGAGUCCAAUGGUGCGUGCGUACUUCCAGCGCUUGUUGUGCUGGAGGGUUGGACGGUUCAACACCGAUCCGUCCUCGUUGGACUCUAUGGUUUAUGAGACCCUCUCAGAUCGGCUCCUGCGAGUUUGGGAAUAUUACAUCGGGUUCCAAUCCAAGGCCGAGGAGGACUUGACGGCCCCCUUGUCCUCUGCCCCCUGUACCCCUGCGCCUGGCCGAAGGAUUAUCAUCAUUCGAUGCGACAACCACUUGUCCCCCGUCAACUUAUUCGUCAGCUUCGACCGCGUUAUCCCACCCGCACCUCCAGACCAAGUUACCUCGCAUCGACGAGCAGGCUCCGCAGACUCGGCAGGGUCCGACGGUCCGCCUUCCAAGAAACGCUGGGGGAUCUUCAAAUCCAUGUUUGGAAGCUCCUCCGGCUCGCGUCCGGCUGACGGUACCAAGAAUAGCAGUUCCGAUGACUCUGAUAAAGACACCGACUCAACAGUGACGCCUGACAACAAAUGUCUGGAUGAGCACGAGCAGACCCCAAGUACCAGCGCAGACGAGCUCGUCCGCCCCAAAACACCCCACCAACCUUUCUUCUUCAAAUUCUCCCUGGAAUGGAUGGAUCGCCCACAGUGGCCCACCAAAAACAAACGUCUCUUCACCCCUUGUCUCCCCGUUGCAUCUCAAUUGCAUGUCGAACACCGCCGCUCUCCUGACAAAUCGGACUACGACACGGCUUCCGAAAACCCUGCCUCAUCAGAUAUUGAGAGUGAAAAGGACGACCAUGUCUCAGAUCAGAAUACCCCUACUCAAGCCACUGCGGACUGGCCGAGAACUCCCACCACCAAGAACUCACCUCUCCCCGAAAUACCCUCCCAACCUUCCCACGACCAUCUCGUGCCUAGCAAGUACGCGGGCCGGGCACUGGCUGAGUGGGCGCACAUUGUCUCCGAAUGCGAUAGCUUCUUUGCUCGCCGUCGUGACGAAGGCGUCCCCACUGACCGCAUGGUCGAAACACCUACUCUGGGUGUUGAAAGUUUCCGCAAAUAA